CAUUAACUUAGUCAUGGCGGAUUUUGCAGCUGGGACUUGGACGCUCGUGGAUACGAAAAACUUCGAAGAGUACUUGAAAGCUGUCGGUGUCGGAAUGGUGAUGCGCAAAAUGGCGGCCGCUAUCAAGCCGACACAGGUGAUCGAGGUGACCGGAAAUAGCUGGGUGAUCAAGACGCUGACCACCCUCAAGAACACGGUGCUGGAGUUCGUCCUAGGCCAGGAGUUCGACGAGGUCACAGGCGACGGCAGGAAAUGCAAGACAACAUUUACACUAGAGGGUAAAAAACUGACACAAGUUCAGAAAGGAACACCCGACUCAGUUAUAACGCGCGAGUGGGACGGCGACAGCAUGAUCAUGAUUUUGUCUACCGACGACGCCGUGUGCACGAGAACAUACAAGCGUGCGACGUAAUUCGUAAACGAACAAUAAUAUGUCCUUAUAUGCGAUCGGUAACUUGAGACUAUUAACGGAAACUUUUUUAAAAAGGCGUUGUUACUGGAGGACUUUAAACUCCCAGAUGACAAGUGACAAGUGUAUUUGCAAAAUAAUUAAACGGGCAUUUCUAUGUUUCAUGCAAACAACCCAAGUAAAUCAGUAAGGAUAAAGCCAGACUAAGCAGUGGUGCCUAAAAAGGGCAGGUGACUUGUAUCAUUCGAUAGACGGUAAACUUCUUAAAUUGUGCUGUAAUUGUGCUGUUUCCACUGACUUACUUACUCAAGCAUUCAGUCAGAAUAU